UUUGUUUUUUAUUUCAGAUACCAUUAGAGUUUGAAUUAUUCCUAUUAUUUAUUAGCUGUUUUACAAAGGUAGAGAAAAAUCAAAAAACACUAUGUCCGAUGAAGUUUUUAGCACAACUUUGGCUUAUACAAAGAGUCCAAAAGUCACCAAAAGGACUACUUUCCAGGAUGAGCUAAUAAAAGCAAUUACAGCUCGCUCAGCCAGGCAAAGGAGUUCUGAAUACUCAGAUGACUUUGACAGUGAUGAAAUUGUUUCCUUAGGUGAUUUUUCUGACACCUCAGUAGAUGAAAAUUUGGAUAAGAAAAAGAUGAAUGAUUUCCAUUUAUCAGAUGAUGAAGAAAAGAAUUCUCCAAAACUGUCUUUUUUGAAAACCAAGAAAUCAAACAGUGACAUAAUGGAAGAUGAGGCAGUAUUCUCCACCAGAAAUGAUGAGGAAAUGGCACCUGAUGGUUGUGGAGAUAUGGCUGGAACUCCCUUAUCUGAAUCUCAAAAUAAAGACCAAGAAAUUGAAAAAGACGAAAUUAAAAUGAAACCUAAACCCAGAAUUCUUCCAGUCAAAGGCAAAUCUUCAGAAAACAGCAGCAGUCUUGAAGCAGACAAGCACUUUAAGCCUUUACCUCGUCCACGGAGCAUGUUGAAAAAACACAGCCACGGGGAGGAGAAAGAUGGGCUAGGCAAAGAUGAGACCACUGCCCUCCAUGAAGAAUUGGAGGCACAUUCUGCACCCUCCCCCUUUCCAAAACUAAGUGACAGACAACUAGAAGCUGUGAAAAAAUUGUUCUCCGAAAACCUCGAUCCUGAGGAUCCAUGUUUAACAAGUUUAUCAUCGUCGUCCCUUAAAGAAAGUCUUGGAGAUUCCUUUUCACCAGGAUCUGGAGGAAAAGCAUCCAUAAAAGAUCAAAAUGAAGAACUCCCUGAAAACCACAUGAGAUCAAAUGAAAAUGAAGAGAAUUCAUUUUUGAUAGACUUUGUCACUCCUCCAAUUGAGAAAUCCCAGGAAAGUCAAGUGAUAACUGAUGACCUUGAAGAAGAAAAGGAGAAAGCUGAACUGAUGAUGAAUGACUUAACAGUUGAUCCACCAUUGUUGAAAGCUCAGAGUAUCUUAGUAUCUACUGAUGCAACGGAGCCUUCAAAGAAAACAAUUGAAGAUAGGAAUAUGAAGACUAAAAAGUCAACAAAUACUAGAGCCUCCAGUGCAUCUGGCAGAUUAAUGACCCCUGAGUUCUUAAAGAAAUCUAAUUCUGUAAGGAGACCUCCGUCAACAACUACCUCUUCUCACUAUUUAGGGACUUUGAAAGUCUUGGACCAAAAGCCCUUACAGAAACAGAACAUAGAACCUGAAAGAGCAGACAGCAUAAGGGCAGCUGUUUAUCAGGAGUGGUUAGAAAAGAAAAAUGUGUAUUUACAUGAAAUGCACAGAAUUAAAAGGAUCGAAAGUGAAAACUUAAGGAUCCAAAAUGAACAGAAAAGAGCUGCUAAGCGAGAAGAAGCAUUAGCAUCCUUUGAGGCCUGGAAGGCUAUGAAAGAAAAGGAAGCAAAGAAAAUAGCUGCCCAAAAAAGGCUUGAGGCCAAAAACAAGAAGAAAACAGAGGAAGAAAAUGCCGUGAGAAAGGAAGAAGCACUGCAGGCCUUUGAACGAUGGAAAGAGAAAAAGAUGGAAUAUCUUAGAGAGAAAAAUAAAAAGGAGAGAGAAUAUGAAAGAGCAAAGAAGCAGAAAGAGGAGGAGACGAUUGCUGAGAAAAGGAAAGAUAACCUAACCGCUGUUGAGAAAUGGAAUGAAAAGAAGGAUGCUUUUUUCAAAGAAAAGGAGAAAGAGAAAAUAAAUGAGAAAAGAAGAGAAGAACUGAAAAGAGCAGAGAAAAAAGAUAAAGAUAAGCAAGCUAUUGAUGAAUAUGAAAAAUGGCUGGAAAAGAAAGAAAGGCAGGAAAGAAUCGAACGAAAACAAAAGAAGCGUCAUCCCUUUCUGGAAAAUGAGGCACUUCCUCCCUGGAGCCCUCCAAGCAGAACUGUAUUCUCAAAAGUGUUCUGAUACUUCUCAUUUUUACAUUAUUUAGUUAUCAAUUCACCAUUUUAGCUACUAUUUAUUCAAUUAGUUAUAGUUAGUAGAGUCUAUUUUUAUUAAAUGCCAGCCAUUUCCACUAACAAUGGAAAAGAUGCUUUGGAGUUUAAUCAGUGAAAUAAUUGAAAGCUUUUUUUUUGGACUGUAGGUAAACUGCCUCAGAUGAGAAGCUAAUAAUCAGAUUGCUCUUACCAUUCGAAUGACCAUCACGUCCUGACAGUCCUUACAAUCAAAUGAUCCAUGGUCACUUUCCCGAAGCUGUGCAUGGUAUUUAAGUGGGUUUAUUCCUCAGAAUAGGAAACCAUCUAGGUACUAUAAUCAUAGAAAUUAUGAAUGAAAUCUGUGAAUGAUUGUGCACCUAGAUUCAGGUUUUAAAAGGAAUCAUAUCUGGGGGUAUGCAUAUAUGUAAAUAUACAUACAUAUAUAUAUAUAUUUUUUUUAAACUGAUCUUUAGCUCAAGCAGUUGCACUUGCACUGUGCAAGUUAGAGUUUCAGUCAGUUAAGGCAGUAGUUCAGUAGAACUCAAAUCGUUGAGGCAUUUUAUUUCAAAAGUUUGCCUUAUGUUUUAAUAUGAGUUUUAUCUGUCCCACACUUAAGGUGACAAUCGUAGGCACUUUUAUAAUGAGUAGACCUCUAAAAUGUGUCUUCUAAGUUCUAUCUCACUUUAUUAUUUCAGUGGUACCAAAAAUAUAUCCAUUUCUUGGUAGUGAUAUACUUAACGCAAUAGUUAUGGAAAUUCCAUGAGAGUUCAAGGUCAUUAUCACUGUUAAUAAUUUUUUCCAGACUAAAGCCAUAAAGGUGAUAAAGGUAAUUUUCAAUCUCUUAGCUUAUUCCAGAGCCUUAUAGUUUAUAUUUAGGAGACAGCUAUAUAGGAAGGCAAUUUGUAGAAAAUGCCCAAAGAAUCUUUAUUUAUUUAUUUGAUCUCUGCAUAUCUUUAAAUUAAUUGGACUCAUACUUGAACUGGUCAGCUGAUUUAUCACAGACCAAAUGUAUGCUCUCAGAGCUGCAGUACUACUUUAGCCAAUGAUGCAGCACAAUGAUGGAUGAGAAUAAAUAAUUACUAUUUAUUAAGCACCUAAUGUAUGCUUGCUGCUGGAUCUUUACAGAUGUCAAUUCUUAUCUUUAGAACAAUUAUUCAGUGUAGGUGUUAUUUUGCAGAUUAAAAAAUACUGAGACUCGGAGAAAUAACUUGCCGUACAUUUAGCAUGUGAUUGAAUCGGGAUGAGAAUUAAGUCUUUCUCCCUCCAGAAUAUAUAUUAUAUCAACUUUACAAACACAUAUCACCUCUGGGAUCCUAAAAUCAUGUAUUGUUAUCUGAAGAUUAUCUUUCUUUUAAGAAAUA